AUCCCCCCCCCCCCCCCCCCCCCCCCGAGGAGCCAAGAUGGUGAAGGAAACGGGCUACUAUGACAUCCUGGGGGUGAAGCCCAACGCCUCCCCCGACGAGAUCAAAAAGGCCUACAGGAAACUGGCGCUCAAGUAUCAUCCGGACAAGAACCCGGACGAGGGCGAGAAGUUUAAACUCAUAUCCCAGGCCUAUGAAGUGCUUUCAGAUGCAAAGAAGCGGGACAUUUAUGACCAGGGCGGGGAGCAGGCCAUCAAAGAAGGCGGCACUGGAGGUGGCAACUUCUCUUCACCCAUGGACAUCUUUGACAUGUUCUUUGGGGGUGGAGGGCGUAUGGCAAGAGAGAGGAGAGGCAAGAACGUGGUGCAUCAACUGUCUGUUUCACUUGACGAUCUAUAUAAUGGAGUAACAAGGAAACUAGCCCUCCAGAAGAAUGUAAUUUGUGAAAAAUGUGAAGGAAUUGGUGGAAAAAAAGGAUCUGUUGAAAAAUGUCCCAUCUGCAAAGGGAGAGGCAUGCAAAUUCAUAUUCAGCAGAUUGGGCCUGGCAUGGUACAGCAAAUUCAGACCGUGUGUCCGGAAUGCAAAGGGCAGGGUGAACGAAUCAAUCCAAAAGACCGGUGUGAACACUGUAAUGGUAUGAAGGUUAUAAGAGAGAAAAAGAUUAUAGAAGUUCACAUUGAAAAAGGUAUGAAAGAUGGACAGAAGAUUCUGUUUCACGGAGAAGGAGAUCAGGAGCCUGAACUGGAACCUGGUGAUGUCAUAAUUGUGCUUGAUCAGAAGGAUCAUAGUGUCUUUCAGAGACGAGGACAUGACUUGAUUAUGAAAAUAAGAAUUCAGCUUACUGAAGCUCUUUGUGGCUUCAAGAAAACAAUAAAAACACUGGAUAACCGAAUUCUUGUUAUAACUUCCAAACCAGGUGAAGUGAUAAAGCAUGGUGACCUGAAAUGCGUUCACAAUGAAGGAAUGCCCAUCUACAAAUCACCUAUGGAGAAGGGCUCUCUGAUAAUUCAGUUCCUAGUCGGCUUUCCUGAGAAACUCUGGCUUCCUCAAGAGAAAGUUGCUCAACUGGAAGCUUUACUUCCUCCAAGACAAAACGUCAGGGUUUCAGAUGAUAUGGAGCAGGUAGAACUCAUGGAAUUCAAUCCUAAUGAACAAAACUGGCGCCACAGCGCAGAGGCAUACGAGGAAGACGAGGACGGUCCUAGGGCAGGAGUGCAAUGCCAGACUGCGUGACGCGGUGUGGCGUGGACUAGCAAACUGAUAAAUGCAAAAAUGGCACUGCUUUUUUGGCUUAAUGUUUGGAGUGUCCUUGUACUUAUGUUCAGCGACCAGAAUUGCUGGGUGUCUUUUUUUUUUUUUCCCCCCUUGGUUUAUUAAGUUAUAGUUUGUUAUAGUUUAAAUGUUAAGGGUAAAAUUCCAACUACUCUCUGCCUAUGGAUCUCUUCACUUACAUUUCCAGGUUAUACCUCAGAAAAAAGCAAGUUCUCUUGCAAGUUCAUGCUUCUAGUUGCUUUAAGGGGAUCAGUUCCAUCAGUAAAGUUCAACGGCAUUGACUAGUGGAACUGUUGAAACGAGGUCGUAAAAAUGGCACAAAUUAGGGCCCUGCGUGGAUUUGGAGGAGCAGUUUUUCCAAGGAUCAGGCCAGAAAAUGUAGGGGAAGGGCGGGGGGGUGGGAGAACCUACACUCCAUAUUUGAGCAGGGAUUAUGGCACUGCAGUACCGGCAUGACUGGGCCCGGCAUUCUGCUUCCACAUCUGGAUGAUCUGUCCCUCUGGGCUGCUACAAUGAAUGUCACUGCAUCCCCCCUGAAAGUGCAGUAAUUUUCCCCUUUCGGCCCUGCCGGCUGUCAGACCGAACCGUGGCCGAAAACUUUUAGCCACUAAGUGCACAGUUGAAACAAGGCAGUAAUGCUACCAACGAAACACAAGCCGUAACCUCUAAAGUGAAUUAUUUUUCUCCUUAUUGCAGUCAGAGAUGCUGCCAUCUCAUGGAACAAACUAAUUGCUGCUAAAUGAUUUACCUCUGAGCUUAUUUAAUCUUCUUAAGGGAAGCCUGGGAAAAUAGAAAAGCAUUCCUGUUUGGAUUUAACUCCAUUUCUUCCCUUUACUACACUAAAUCGAGAAGAGGCGCAGUCUAAGUUUUUUUGUUUUCGUUGUUCCAUGUUGGCAAGUGGUCGAGCUUAAGCAUGAAUGUGUGUCUGUCUCCUCACCUGAGCUGACUUAAAAAGCAAUCUCAAAAAGGUUUCUUAAACUUUAAAACCAAGUAGUAAUUUAUGUUAAAAUCAGUUUGGCUGUGGUCUCUUUGAACUCAUCCCUUUGUUCCUGACUUUAUAUUGCUUACGUUGGCAAUCUCCUUAAUGCUAUCAACCAAAGUGUUUUAUUGUAAAAUAUACUUAAUUGCACACCACGAAGACAUUGCCUUCUUUUUAGCAACAUUAGCUAUCUGAUGCUGGGUGUCUGUAAUAGAGCGUACACUAGUAAUUCAGUAACUUUUCUAAAGUUCUGUAAAUGAAUGGCAGUGUGUUACAAAUGUUUGCCACCUCAUUCUCCUAAACUCACUCAACGUAUUAAAAUUUAACUUUUUUAAAAUAA